AUGGCCGUUAUGUCACCCGAAGUAAAUGAUUUGGCACCGCCAAAGGAUGAUCCAUACACUACCGAACAAUUGGUGCGCGCUGCGUGGUGUGGGAGUGGGUUGAGUGCGGAGGAAGUGGCGGAAUGUGAUGGGAGUGAUGAGUCGAAGCCGAUUUGGCUCGCCAUCCGCGGCCUAAUCUACGACGUCACCCGCAACAAAUCCAUGUACGGCCCCGGUGCGGGCUACAACAUCUUCGCCGGCAAGGACGCAUCACGGGGUCUUGCGAAGAGUUCGUUGAAAAAUGAGGAUGCGAGGGGGGAGGUGGAGGGGUUGACGGAGGCGGAGAUGAAGGUGUUGAGUGAUUGGGAGGGGUUUUUCCAGAAGGCAUGUCAUUUGGAGGGGAUGGGGUUGAGGUUGAGGGCAAGAUACUCCUUCAUAAGUCGUUAUUAUCCUCUCUCACGUGACCUGCACGGCGAUAAACUGUGCGAUAACCGCAAAAAGUCGCUGCGUAGGCGCAAACAACAAGAAGCACAGAAUAUACCCAACCACCACCUACACACAAUGUCAGACGAUUCGGGAUUCAUUCCCCUCGAGACCGGCUCGCCAAAGGCCGUCAAGACCACCGGUGCCAAAGCCGGCAAGGAUGACGACAAGAACGCAUCUACCCUCUUUGUCCGCUCGAUCCCAUACUCCGUGACUUCCGAGGCUCUGGAAGCUUUCUUCUCGGACAUCGGACCGAUCAAGUCGACUGUUAUCAUCACUGAUCAGGAAUCUGGCAAGUCCCGUGGAUUCGGGUUCGUGAGGUUUGCGAUGAAGGAGGACGCCACCCGCGCCAUGGAGGAACUGAAGUCCAAGAAGCUCGAGGGUCGGGCAUUGAAGAUGGAGGUCGCUGAGAGACGACAGAGGAAGGACGAGGACGGUGAGAAGAAGGACAAGGUUGUCAAGGUGAGGGAGGAUGUGGUCAAAGCCCAAAACCGCGCUGUCCAGAAAAAGAAUGACCAAGACAAAGAUCUGAGACCGCGACUCAUUGUACGGAAUUUGCCGUGGAGUGUGAGGACGCCUGCGCAGAUUCAGCCUGCGUUUGAGCCGUUUGGGACUGUGAAGGAGGUUUCGAUUCCGAGGGGGAGGGGAGGGAAGAUGAGUGGGUUUGGGUUUGUGGAGAUGGGAAGUAGGGAGGAGGCGGAGAAGGCUGUUGAGGGUGUUAAUGGAACGGAGAUUGAGGGGAGGACUGUUGCCGUUGAUUUCGCUGUGGGAAAGGAUGCUUGGGAGAAGAUGCAGGAUGAGGAGGAGGAGGGUGCUGAGGAGGAGGAAGAAGAUGACGAGGAGGAAGAAGAUGAGGAUGAGGAUGACAUGGACCCCGUCCAGGUUCCUUCUGAUUAUGAGGAGGAUGAGGAUGAGGAUAUGGAAGACGACGAGGAAGUCGAGAAGAAACAAAGCGACACCCGCAACCGCACCCUCUUCAUCCGAAACCUCCCCUUCGACUGCGACGACGACAAACUCCACCAAAAAUUCCGCUCUUUCGGACCCCUCCAGUACGCUAAAGUCGUCGUCGACCACUCCACCGGCCGUUCCCGCGGAACUGGAUUCGUCUGCUUCAAGGAGGAAGAAGAUUCCGAGAACUGUUUGUAUGCGGCGAGUAAGAUCCGUGCACCUACGAGUGCGAAUUCGAUUUUGUUGCCGGGGGAGGUUGAUGCUGAUUCGGAGAAGUUCAUGAUGGAGGGACGUGUUUUGACUGUCACUGCCGCUGUUUCGAGGGAGGAUGCCGACAAACUCAAGGAGGAGGGUGAGGAGAGGAGACGGAGGGAGAUGGGUAAGGGUGCGGAUCGACGAAACUUGUUUUUGUUGAAUGAGGGUGCGAUCAACAAGAACUCUAAGCUCUUCAGUGUGUUGCCUGAGUCGGAGAAACAGCUUCGUGCGCAAUCCCAGCAACAGAGAAAGAAGUUGUUGGACGGCAACCCUUCGCUUCAUCUUUCUUUGACGCGUUUGGCUAUCCGUAACAUUCCUAAAUCCGUCACUGGAAAGGAUUUGAAGGUGAUUGCGCGUAAGGCGUUUAUCCAGUUCGCGACCGACGUCAAGGAAGGAAAGCGCGAGGCACUCUCCAAGGAGGAGAUCUACCGUGAUGGAAACCCCGCUUACAACAAGAAGAAGGGAGUCGUGAAGCAGGCUAAGGUCGUCAUGGAGAAGGAUGGGAAGUCUAAGGGAUACGGUUUCGUUGAGUUGGUUAGUCAUCGAUGGGCGUUGAUGUGUUUGCGUGGAAUGAACGGUAUCGAGGUCGGUGAGGACGAGGGUGAGCUCGCUCAGAAGGGCAAAGACACCGAUGCCGUCGCUGCUCCCGCGAAGAAGGGCAAGGGCGGAAAGGCUGCUCCCCAAGAAGAUGAAGAGGAGGAGUCCAAGUCCCGAGGCCGCAAGCGCCGUCUCAUCGUCGAGUUUGCAAUCGAGAACGUCAAGGUUGUCAAACGUCGUCGCGAGCGUGAGGAACACCACAAGAAGGUUGCGCAGGCUGACAAGGAGGCCCCGAAACCGAUUGAGGAGGAGAAGGAGGAGACAGGUGGCAAGAGGAAGAGGGAUGAUGAGGAUGAUGAGGAGAAGAACAAGAAGGCGAAGGCAGCGAGGAUUAUUUCGCAGAAGAGGGCGAAGAGGAAGAACAACAGGAAGGGAAAUUAG